AUGAAGAUCAGCCUGAAGACUCUGAUAACAUGUCUAUUGUUGUCAACAGUGGCUGCCACCACCACCUCACCACAUCCUCCAACUGCCAACGGCAACAUUUCAUACUCACAAACUUCUGAUGAUACCUCUACCUCAACCAGCAACUAUAUCUCGACUACCACCGUCAACAGUACCACAACUCCAGAUGUCGUCAGUACCACCAAAGGUACCAUGACGACCACCGUCAACAGUACCACAACUCCAGAUGUCGUCACUACCACCAAAGGUACCUUGACGACCACCGUCAACAGUACCACAACUCCAGAUGUCGUCACUACCACCAAAGGUACCUUGACGACCACCGUCAACAGUACCACAACUCCAGAUGUCGUCACUACCACCAAAGGUACCUUGACGACCACCGUCAACAGUACCACAACUCCAGAUGUCGUCACUACCACCAAAGGUACCUUGACGACCACCGUCAACAGUACCACAACUCCAGAUGUCGUCAGUACCACCAAAGGUACCAUGACGACCACCAUCGACAGCACCACAACUCCAGGUGUCGUCAGUACCACCAAAGCACCACAACUCCAGAGAUGUCGUCAGUACCACCAAAGGUACCUUGGCGACCACCAUCAACAGCACCACAACCCAGAUAUCGCCAGUACCACCAAAGGUAAUUUGACGACCACCAUCAACAGCACCACAACUCCAGAUGUCGCCAGUACCACCAAAGGUAAUUUGACGACCACCAUCAACAGCACCACAACUCCAGAUGUCGCCAGUACCUCCAGCGAUACCUCGACUACCAUACUUACACCUACCACUGGACCUAACAUCCAUACAUCAACGAAUACUCCAACCAGCACAACAACCCAAACCACCACCAUGGAUCAGGAAGAACACAAGUCUAAACCUCUGAGUUCCGGAAGUGUCGUUGCCAUUGUCAUCAUGUUCAUUGUGAUCGCCGUUGUAGUGUUGGGUGGACUAUACUACUACAGGAUCCGACGCACGUCUUAUGGCCGUCUGCUCGAGAGUGAAUAUGGAACUUUAGGCAACUUCACCAACCCCAUUUACGACCCGUGAAUCUUCACGCGUGACCUUCGUCCCUGGAAGUGAACCCCGGGAUCUUCAGUCUACAGAGUGAAGUGAUUGGGAUCAGAGUGUUUAUUGUGUAUGUGUGUCAUGAGUUUAACGACUGUGACGCGCAGACUUCACGCCGUGAUCACUUGAUCUUUGUUCCAGUCGUCUCAGUCUGUUCCUCAAGGUAAAUAUGAACGGAAAUGAGUCCAAUUUUUGCUUUUUGUCUUGUGUAUGUGAAUCAAAUGUGAAGUCAUUGAGUAAAGACGAGGAUGAAGAAAAACUACACUGAAGUGAAGCACAGUAGACGAACAAAGUGACUGAAUAUUGAAUGUGUUUUAUUAUUGAAAAGUUGACAUUUUUUUGUUGUAUUGUUUAAAUGGAGUCUGUGAGAGGAACGGUGCUUCUUUAUUAUACAGUUCCAGCUCGACUCCACUCCACACUUUAUGUCUGACCAGGUUCACAGCGAGCUGAGCCGAUUCUAACGUGUGUCGUCACUGAAGAGUCAUGAGCGCGACGUCUGACACAAGAAUCAAACCCAACGAUGUCCAGCUGUAGAUCGAAGUGAAAAAGACUUCUUAAUCCUACUUAAAGUUCCAAAAUCUAUUUCUUAUAAUUCCAAAUCCCACUGAUUGGUCAGAGAGUGUUGUGAUGACUCCGGCCACAUUGAGGAGGAGCUAAGAAGUCGAGUCGAGCUACAACUGUGCAAUAGAAAAGAGUCAAAACACUUUUUUACGUGAAACUAAAAUCCUGACGACAGAGAUAAACGAGCCGAUGAUGACAGAACAGAGACAACAUCAUUUUUAAUGAUAGAAAACAAAUAGUUGCCCUAUCUUUAGUGAAAUAGCUCAGGAGACACUGACUGAGCCCUGAUCCAUUAUGAGGUUUUACUCUUUAUUAAACUUCAUUUUCAUUUUUGCUGUUUGAUUGCACUCUGGUUCGGAUGCUUUUGUUUUUGUUCUAAACUGUAUUAAAACUUUGGUACUUUGGUCACCGCCGAUAUUUGAAUCUGUGUAGUCAUCAAUAGUGCUUAUUGAUACCGAUACUGUCGAUAGUUGUGUGUAAUUUGGUGACUUCUUAUGGUGAGAGGGAGAGAGACAUAAACGUCCUGUCUCACCUUUAAACCAGUGAUUAUUGGUGUAUCUACUGCCCCGUCUGGUCAAACGCCAGCUACUGCAUUGAAAAUGUCAUUUUUUGUACAAAAUAAAGGUGAUAUUUCAAAAAGUUGAAA